GCGCAUUACCCAAAUAGUCAUUUUCCAAAUGUUUGCCCCAAGCCUCCCGAAGUUUCUGCCAGUUUUCACUCUUCCUCUCUGUCACCAUCACGAUCACACCCUUUUAGUUAUAACUACAUCUACUGUAUUAUUAUCUGUUAUCUUGUCCGUCUCUGAUGCUUUGAUCUAGUGACGCCGAUGUACAUGAAAGUGGCACACUGAUAAUCUCUCACUGAUAAGAUAGUCCCUUAGAUACCGUCAAGAUGGCGUUAAAGUGGCUAGUCUUUCUGUUACUAUUGAUUCAGGUAACUAGGAAUCUAGCUGUCCCAGAUCACGAGUAUUCAAUCGAAAUGCGACUUCGCCAAAUGGAGAAAGACUUUUCCUUAUCCAUAAAAACUCUGAAAUCCGAGCUGGAAGACACCAAAGACAAACUGAAAUACAUGCAAGGUGAACUUGACUGGACAAAAUCGGCGAUGAAGGCUGUGAACUUAGAAUUGUUAGCCACUCGAACCGAUCUAAACGAGACUCGCAUUCGACUACAAGAGGCGGUGUCGGAACUACAACAUGGCAGACAGGACACGUCUUAUUCCUAUGAACGCACUUUCUUGGCAUCAGAACCACAGUCAAUUAGGCGCCCGGUACAAUCUAAACGUUUGGCGACACGAAGUCAUCGUGUAUCUGGUAUCCAGCUGAAGAAAGCAUUUUCCGCCCAGACGUCCCAACAUGAUGUUUCGCUGGUAACUCAUCAGACAGUCCUCUUUCAGCACGUCAUCCUUAACGAAGGGUCAGUCUACGACAACCUGACGGGAGUGUUUACCUGUCCGGAGUCCGGCGUCUAUCACUUCUCGGUCACCAUCAUGGUAUUCUUCAAUGAACAGGUCGAGACAGAACUGGUUGUCAAUGGUAACCAGGUAAUGGUGAACUAUGCCGCCGGGAACCAGCGAUACAAUCAAGGCACUAACUCAGUCUUAGUACGUUUGGACUUUGGGGAUCGAGUUUGGGUUCGAAUAUACAACAACCCGUCUAUCCACACAGAUGGCGCCAUACGUAUCCAUGGAUAUGGUUGGUCAACGUUCACUGGCUUUUUAAUAUAGCGUUUGUGAAAUUUCAAAUAUAUAAAUCGAGGCAACGUUUCUACUUUUU